AUGUCCUUCUACCUAGUAGCCACCCACCUCACCUCAUUUGGCAACGGCACUCAGAGGAUGGCCUCCGAAGGAGAUCUUAAACACGCACUGCCUCUUUCAUUGUGUAAUAACAAUUGUCAGCCAGGUUAUAGAAGAGCAAAGAAGGAAGGGAAGCCAUUUUGUUGCUAUGAUUGCCUUCCAUGUACAGAAGGGAAGAUUUCAAAACAGAAGGAUAUGGAUGUCUGUGAUCAAUGUCCAGAAGAUCAUUAUACAAAUGAUGAACAGGAUUUAUGCCUUCCCAAAGUGAUCACUUUCUUGUCUUAUGAAGAACUUUUGGGCACCAUUUUGGCCAUUUUUGCUCUUUCCUUGUCUUGCAUCACAGUUUUUGUGCUUGGGACUUUCAUGAGGUAUCACAACACACCCAUUGUCAAAGCCAACAACUGCAGUCUCUCCUACACUCUCCUCAUCUCCCUGCUGCUCUCCUUCCUUUGUGUUUUCCUCUUCAUUGGUCGACCUGAGAAGUCGACCUGUCUUCUUCGACAACCGGCCUUCAGCAUCAUUUUCUCGGUUGCUAUUUCUUGCCUGUUGGCCAAAACCAUCACAGUGGUCCUAGCUUUCAUGGCCAAAGAGCCAGGGUCUACUAGGAGAAAGUGGGUAGGGAAAAGACUGUCCAUCUCCCUUGUCCUUUCCUGCUCUCAUCUUCAAGCAGGCAUUUGUGCAAUAUGGUUAGGAACCUCUCCUCCAUUCCCGGAUUUUGACAUGCAGUCCCUGACUAGGGAGAUUAUAGCAGAAUGUAACCAAGGGUCUGUCUUCAUGUUUUAUCUUGUUCUCGGCAACAUGGGACUUCUGUCCAUCAUCAGCUUCAUUGUGGCUUUCCUUGCCAGGAAGUUGCCAGACAGCUUUAAUGAGGCCAAGUUUAUCACCUUCAGCAUGUUGUUGUUCUGCAGUGUUUGGUUGUCUUUUGUUCCUACCUACUUGAGCACCAAAGGGAAAUAUAUGGUGGCUGUGGAGAUCUUCUCCAUCUUAGCUUCUAGUGCUGGGCUACUGGCUUUUAUCUUUUUCCCCAAAUGCUACAUCAUUUUGCUGAGGCCUGAACUGAACAAAAGGGACCAGCUAGUAAAGAGAACAUAUUGA